AUGGUGUCCGGACCAGUGCAGAUCGCAAAGCGGGCUUUCGUCUCCUUACUCUUGGCUUUGGCGCAACAGUAUGGCCUGGAUGUCAAGAUCAACCGCGAUAGUGAGGAGAAGAGUCUAGAGGCAGCUUACCGAAAGGUUGUGCGGCGAGUGCAUCCUGACAAGGGCGGAAAUGUUGCAGAUGCUCAGCGUCUCCAAGCCGCCAGAGAAGCGUGGCACAGCUCCAAGAGUCACGGAAGACUGCCUGUCCGCAAGGAAAAGACCAUGAAGGGGCGUGAGCUGCCGCUGCUGCCUGCGCAGAAUAGGAAAGCUUUCAUGAUUCGGUCGUCGUCUUGUUUGUUAACGUACCAUGUGAGUGCAACAACAUUGUGGCGUGAGUUCACAAAGUUUGUGCAGCAAAACAUGGUGAGCUGGGGCGUCCAGCGCUGGUGUGCUUCUAUGGAGCUUUGCGAGUCCGGAAAACCUCACGUUCACUUGAUGGUGCAAUUUCACACGGCGCUGGAAACCCGUGAUGUUCAUGACUUCUGCUUUGGCCAAUCCAGGCCAAACGCCUCAGCAACAGACUUAUGCGGUGAGGGGCUCUGCAGGAAGAGAGUGCAGCAAUCUAUCGAUCGUGGGUUCUUCUACGUGUUUGCGGACAAGAUUGGAACAGUUCGUGGGCCAGAUGGCCUGGUUUGCACUGAAGGCAAUUACCUUCCAUGCUGGACCAGCUCUCUACUGAAGUACCAAGUGCUUGGCAAAUGGCCGGAGACACUUUGGAAGCAGCGCAAGAUCACGAGUGACGUUUACGAAGAGCUGCUAUUUCUCACUCGUGAUGGGGUCAUUUCCAGACAAAGGAAUUUGUGGGCAUGCCAAGACCGUGUGGAAGAAGAACUUGCCCGGCAGGCCGUGGAAAACAGGGUACAGCGCAUCCGUGGAAACCCUGAGCCUGAGAUCUACAGACCAUUCCCAGUUGUGCCCGGUGUUCAGGAGUGGUUGCAACUUUUUGCCAAAGACGCGCUGAGGUAUCCCAUCUUGAUUGUUCUGGGUGCUUCACGUGCAGGCAAGACGGAGUACGCCAAGAGCCUCUUCCGACGGCCCCUCGAGCUGAAAAUCGGGUGUCUGGAGUUCUUCCCUGACACGAUGCGCCAGUUCAAGAGAGGCUACCAUGAUGCCAUUGUUCUUGAUGACAUCCGCAACUUACAGUUCUUGGUGGAUCACCAGGAAAAGGUCCAAGGCAAAUACGACUGCCUGGUCGAGUUUGGCUCAACCGCUGGAGGGACUUGCGCCUUCCAUGUUGACCUUUUCGGGGUGCCUGUUGUGGCCACCGUUAACUAUUCGACCCAGAACCUAGGGUUUCUUGACAACCAUGAUUGGUUGGCAAACCCUGGGAAUCGAGUCGUUGUGCAGCUGUGA